AGGCUCUUCCUCCUCAUCGGACGGAAUAUCCCGCCAAGAAGAACUCGAGCACCGGCGUCGAUGGAUUCGCAGGCGACGGCGAGCUCCGCGGCCGAAGAUGGAGACGCUUCCACUCCUUACGAUCUCCUCCUCUCGUGUCCUCUCGGCCUCUCUCCGUCGCAGGUUUCUGCAGAUUUCGAUGGAUCGCACGAUAGGAUUCCGCAUCCCGACAUCGACUUGGAGAAUUCCAUUACUGAGAUAUGGGACCAAAGAGUUCACAAAAAUGCUUCUCUGUACAAUGGGACGAAGUUCAGGUAUGCAGGGUUCAUCACACAUAAGGAAGGAAGUGAAUCCGGUAAAAUUUCUUGGGUAUCACUCCGCCUUGGCCUAACAGACUACAGGACUUUUGUUGGGACAAACUUGAAUCCUCUGUGGGAAAGGUUUCUGGUUCCAUCACAAGAGGACACCAUUCGCUGUCAACACACCUCCAGUCCGUUAGGCAAUGGUGCAAUUGUGGAGACAUCAGACAAUAAAAUACUGGUACUUCGAAGAAGCAAUAAUGUUGGGGAAUUUCCUGGUCACUUUGUGUUUCCAGGAGGCCAUCCAGAGCCCCAAGAAAUUGGAAUAGCGUGCCAUCAGCCUGGCAAGAGUUUGAGGGAGUCUGAGAUGCUCAACAAGAGAGUUUCUGAAGAGAUGUUCGACAGCAUUGUCCGAGAAGUGAUUGAAGAAAUUGGAGUACCUGACUCAUCCCUUAGCAAUCCACUUUUUAUUGGUGUAUCUCGUCGGAAGAUGAAUGUUAGACCAGCUGCCUUUUUCUUCAUGACAUGCACUCUUCAGUCUGAUGAAAUUCAGAAAUGCUAUUCUAGUGCACAAGAUGGCUUUGAAUCAACUCAACUUCAUGAAGUGACACUGAUUGAAUUGGAGAACUUGGCUUCUAAAAUGCCCGGCUGCCAUCAAGGUGGCCUUGCUCUCUAUAAAUUGAUGUUGGAAGCUGGGAAGGACGCGAGAUGAAAGCUCUGGACUCGUGGUCGACAAAGAAAAUUCUCAGAUGCAUUGACAACGAAAAUUCCCAUAACUUCCCUCCUUUUGCUUAAAAAUAUAGAAUCACAUACUUAAUGCCAUCGAAAUGGCGAGACCCACACGGGCUCCGUGGCCAUGCGAUUGAAUGGCCGGUUCACGUUCUGCGAGACAUAAUGUAAAACUAUCACUUUGUUAAUCCGAUUUAGAAUCCACACAGAGGAUAAAUAUUCAAUACGUAGGAACCACAGAGUUCUGGUUCAACAUUCUGUCACCUUCCCUGUGACAGUCUGCAUGGAUUAUUUUGCCACGGUUUGUUCGACUUCAUUAAACUGUCAACAAAGGUUAAUCUCAUAAUUGUUGUUUUCUGGAUGAUCA